AUGGACGACCAGUUCAACGUCAGGACGGACGACGACUUGUUCCUCGACGACUUUGAGCCCGUAGAGUCCGAAGCUGUCCCAUCUGCGGUCGCGCCCGAGCCCCAAACGCCAAUCGAUUCCUCCCCGUCGGCCACAUCGGCCCCCGAAACCCGGCCAACCACUUCUGAAGCCAGGCCGCCAAAUCCAACCCCCAGAAAAGCUGCCUCCACCAGGCCGCCUCACUCCGCAAGCCACGAGCCUCGGCCACGCGGACAACUCGGCCAGUCGCGACAUGCCCCAGCCGCCUCCUCUCCAAACACGCGCGGUGGACGCGGCCAGCGCGGCCGAGGCGGGGGCGGGGGCGGGAUGGGCAAGCCGCACGCGCAGGCGGUACAGCAAGCGACCAAGCCCGAGCCCGCAGAGGUCAACAGCGCCGUCGCCGCCGCCGCCGCGCCCGAGGACAGCAGCAACGCGGCAGAGGGCGCGACGCCCUCCGCUACGGCCGACGAGGAUCCCAACGCGCCGCCACCCAACGCGCCCACGGGCCCAGCGGCCGCGACUGCCGCAACGGGGGGGCAGCAGACUCCCGUCAAGCCGGCGUCAGUGACGUCGGAGGCGCGACUCAAGUCCGGAGCGAACCCGCGCACCAAGCUUACGGAUGAGGAGCUGUCGGCCAAGAUGGCGGCCAUGGCGGUUGCGUCGGCCGAGAAGAUGCGGCGGCACAACCAGGCCCAGAGGGACGAGCGGGACCACGAGAUGGCCAUGGCGCGCAGCGCUGAAGAUGCGCGCAAGAGACGCGCGGCGGAGCAGGAAAAGCGCCGCCAGGCUGAGGAGGACCGGCAGAGGCUCGAGGACGAGAGGGCUAGGAACCGGGAGAGGAAGCUCAAGGCUAUGGGCGCUAAGGACGGAGCCUGGGAGCAGGAGGCGCAGCAGGAGGACAGGAGGGCGUUCACGGGAGGGGCCAACGGCGGAAUCAGGGGGUCUAAGGGUCUCCAUUCUGGCAGGCUGGGAGGGCUCCAGGGUAGUAAGUAUGCCACUGGAGAUGGCGACGACUUUGCUGAGGAGCGCGGCUACCACAACCACCGUGUUGGUCGUGGGGGAGGCCGAGGACGCGGCCGUGGUGGAGAUUUCGGUGGCGGAGGUGGUGGGCGCAACGGUCAGCAGGUUUCCAAGCCGGCCAUUAACAACGAAGCCGAGUUCCCGCCGCUGUCGACAAACGCUGCACCUAAAGCAUCGGUGGUGGACGCGGUGAAGAAGAGCGAGACCCCGGCCAAGAUGUUCUCGCCGCUAGCGCCCAACGCUCGGUGGGAUGACGAGGUUGAAGCUGAGGACGCGAGAGCAAAGGCUGAAGAUAAACCGGCCGCAUAG